AUGAUCGAAUCAUUAAACAAUGAAAAAACAAUCGAUGUUGAUGAUGUUAUACAAUGUUUCGAGACAAUAUGUCAAGAAGAUGAAGUUCAAAAGAUUCUUGUCUGUUUCGAAUCCUGUGCAGAAUCAUUAGCAAGUCUCAAGCAUAUUCAUUUAGAAUUAACCGAUAAACAACUCUCAAAACGAAAAAUAAUGUUGAAUAUUAUGCAAAAAUCAUUGAUUCGUUUUAGUAGUUCAGAUCGACCAAUGGAUACAUUAAAUCAUAUGCAUUAUCGAGUCGAUGUUGAAAUAUUUUCUCAAUCGAUUACCUAUAAAGAUCUAAGUGAACUUCGUGAUCGAGCAAGUCUUAUCGAACAUUCUAGUAAUAAAAAGCCAAAAAAUGAUCAUGAUCAUGAACGUGAAAUAUAUUAUCUUCAAUUAUUUGUUCAUUUUAUCGAUACAAUUGAAAUGACAUUGAAAAAUUUAACAUCAUUAACACUGGCUAGUUAUCCAUCAGUUUCAUCAUUGAUCACUUCUUAUGAUGGUCUGACAUGUAUUGAAGGUAAUUAUCAAAAAUUGAUCAAUUUUAAUUCUAUGCUUGAAACAUUACUCAAUCAAUGGGAACAAAAUUUAUGUAGUGAAUAUGAACGAUAUGUUGAUUUAACUUAUUUUUCAUGUCAACAAAUUUGGAUAGUCGAAUCUUUUUUAUAUAAUCAAGAACGAAUUUCUCUUGGAAAUCAUAUUGGUCAUCAUUUACUUCAAUUUAUUGGUAUUGAACCUAAAAAUAUUUCAUCAAAUGUUCUUCCAGUACAAUCAGAACAUCCGCAAGAACGUUUGAGAAAUAUCGGUCGGAUAUUAAUCGAAUACCGUCGAAUGAUGUUAAAACAAGAACAAAAUCGAAUACAAAAAAGAAUCUUAGUAAUCGAAACAAGUGAACCAGGAAUUUUACGUGCUAUUCUUUCUCUUUUUAAAAUGAACGAUAUAUCACCGAAAUCACAUCAAUUAUUCUAUUGUACACAAAAGACAAGUUGGAUAGAUAUUCGAGCAUUUAUCUAUCGAUGCUUUUAUUCUCAAACAUUACAUCAAUUGAUUCGUCCUGAAAUAUUAUCAUCGGAAAUUCAGGAACGAAUAAUUCGGUUAAUUUAUCAUUUAAUUAAAGAAUGUUCAGAAAAUUCAUUAUGCAUGGGUAUCAUAACAACAUCUUCGUGUACUCAAUUGCAAUUGAUAAAUGGAUUAAAAAUACUUCAAAUACUAACUUUCAUUCAUGAUCAGGACCUACUUGAUGAAAUGACUCAACGAGAAAUGAUUCAAAAAAUGAUUGGUAUUAAUUGUAGAUUGGUUAAAUCUCGAAUUCCGGGACUUGGAAAGUCGACUUGGAUACACAAUCAAAUCGAACGAAUAAAGAAACAAUAUAUCAAGUUUUCUAUAAAUGGUGAUAUUGAUAUCGAUCGACUUGCAGAACGUCUUCGAAAUCAUGGUUCACAAUUAAUUUCAUCAGAAACAGGUAUUCAUAUUGAUAUUGGAACAUUCGAAAAUUUUCGACCAUUGAAUGAAUUCUUAUAUUCUUUACUUCUUUUCCGAAGUUUUUGCUUUGGUCAAGCGGUUUGCUCUAUUCCAUCUGAUGUGCCUAUUUUUAUUGAACUCGAUGCAUCUCUACAUUCCAGUAAAGUACAAGAUAGUAUGACUAUUCUCAAAUAUGUUCGAUGUAUGCACUUGGAGACAAUCAACUGGAAUGAUUUAUCUGUUUCGGAAUCAUACAAUAUCCAACUGAUUGGCAAUUAUCUUCAAUGUAUUAAGGAUAAAACAGUCAUUAAAAAAGAUAUCAGUGAAGAACAGAUGAAACCACCUAUCGAUAGAGAGACAUGUAUUCGACUUAUACAAGAUCAUUUUCUUCGAAAUAAAAAUAAAGAAUUUAUUACUUGGACACAAUUGUCAAUUUUUCUUGCUAUUUAUAAUCGUUUAUUUUUGGGAUUUUCACGUUGUGGUCAUUUUCUGGUUGAAUAUGUACCCAAGCCUAAAUUACGCUUGGAUAUUCUUCAAAGUUUACUUGACUCAUCCGAUCAAUUCACGUCAUUAUCAGUUGAGAAUGUGCGCAAAAAUCAACGUUCAGCCAUUGCAAACGAUGCCACUCUAACAUAUAGUGAUGCUAUUGUUCGAUGGGACAAAACUCAACCGUUCACUAUGAUAUUUACUGCCACGGAUGAUCCUUUGUUUGUCUAUAAGAAAGCUUCCGAUGUACCAGAAUCAUUAGUUAAAUCUUAUUGUCUAUAUCAGGGAAUCAAAAAAAGUAAAUUAAAACAGAAACACGAAUUAUCAAAGGUACAAAAAUUACAAUUUCCAGAUUAUGACACGUUUACACACGCGCAAUUUUUCGUCAAACUCACAUCAUUAUCCAAUAAAUAUAUUAAUAAAUCAAUUUGUUCUCGAUGUUAUAAACAAUAUGAAUAUAGCGAAAAAAUAUGUGGAAAAUGUUUGAUAGAUGACGGUCUUAUUCGUCCUGCUUCAUUAAAUACGGAUGAUAUCGAGAGAUUUCAAAUGCAAAUCGCACAACAACUACAAACGGAAUAUGUUUUAACACCAGAUAACUAUAUAAAAAUGCUUUUAAUCUAUUUACGAGUACAAUGUGGUCUUUCCGUCUUAAUUAUGGGCGAGACAGGUAGGAAAGAGGAAAAGAAUAUUUGUUUUGAUUUGAAAAUUUGUCAAAUCAAUUUUACGAGAGAAAAAAUAUUUUAA